AUGACGGAUACGGUGAAGAGAAUUGAAGAAGAAGUCGUAAUAAUCGAAGACGGAAAACGUUUUAGAAUAUGGGUGGAAGAAGAAAGGGGAGAGUGGGUUCCGGACUCGUUCGAGAACAAGGGAGUUAGCGAAGAAACAGGAGAGGAUUGGGACUUUUUGUCGGAAAAUGAUUACCGAAAGAACAAUGAGAAUUCGAAGAAAGGGUGUUCUUCGUCGGACUCAGAGUUGGUCGCUCAGAAGAUCACGGACACGGUUGAUAUGGAUGUCUCCGGCACCGGAGUGUUGUCGGCGACGGAAGGAGGUGAAGCCCAACAGCCGGCCAAUCAAAUUAAGAAUAGUAAUGUGGAUGGAAGCACAAUAAAAGAAAACAGAUAUAUGGAGAAAUCGGGAACCGAUACAUCUGAUUUACCAAGAAAUAUGGAAAACAUUAAUGGGAAGGAACAUAAUUCUAGGCUAGAUGGAGGUUUGGAAGGCGUAUGGGGGAAGGAACCAAAUUUCAAUUUAUUUGACUACCAAGAAGAAUUAUGGAUUUCAAGUAGACAAAAGGAGUCAGGGGACGGUGAUGAUUCCCAGGUCUUAAAAAAUUUUAAAGUUAAUCUUGAUAAGGAUGGGCUUGGAAAAGGAAUAAAAAAAUAUAGGAGGCCUAAGACUAAUAAUAAAAAUAGCACAAUGGAGGAGGUAGAUGGGCUCAUUAGACCUAGGAAGCGGAUGAGAAAUAACGACCCUUUCAACUUGAAUGAAAUAAUCGGAAUCCAGGAGGAUAGUUCCAAUACGCCAGAUCAGGAAGAAGGCGACGGUAACAUUUUGGAAAAAGAUGUUGGUGGGGAAAAUUAUGAGGAAGAAACGAGCAGCCGUAAAAAGGAUCUUAUGGAGAAGGUGUUGGAUGAUUUAAAUCUACAACCCAACGAGGAGGAAGAGGAAAAUAUGGCUCUAGAAAUAAAUGUGACAUCUAUCAUGGGGGACAAGUUGGGGUUGAUCUACAGAAUCAUGAACCUUUAA